UUGGCCGAUUUUGCCGAUCGGCCGAUUUUCGCGGCAAUAGUGGGCAAAUCGGCCGAUUUUUUGCCGAUAAAAAAAUCUGCGCAUGAGCAAGGAUGAGGAUGAGGAUGAUGAAGAAGAAGAAGAAGAGGAUGAGGAUGAAGAAGAAGAAGAGGAUGAGGAUGAAGAAGAGGAUGAGGAAGAAGAAGAAGAGGAUGAGGAUGAAGAAGAAGAGGAUGAGGAAGAAGAAAAAGAGGAUGAAGAAGAAGAAGAGGAUGAGGAUGAUGAAGAAGAAGAGGAUGAGGAAGAAGAAGAGGAUGAGGAAGAAGAAGAAGAGGAUGAGGAUGAAGAAGAGGAUGAGGAAAGAAGAAGAAGAAGAGGAUGAGGAAGAAGAAGAAGAAGAGUAGGAUGAGGAUGAAGAAGAAAGAAGAAGAAGAGGAUGAGGAUGAAGAAGAAGAAGAAGAAGUAGGAUGAAAAUAAGAAGAA